GCGAUUCCGAGCCCCUCCCCCCCCCGGAUCAGAGAAAAGCUUUCGAUCCUCCCUCCUCGAUUCCGACCGUCUCCCCCCCGGCGCGAUCGAUCCUCCCUUCGCCGUCGAUCUCCGCGAACCGCCGCCGAUUCGACGACGCCGAUGAUGGAGUAGCCGGUGGAGCGCCCGGGGAGAAACCCUAGAUCGCUUCCUCUGCUUCUUCUCCUCGGCGCUUUUUUUCGAGAUCCCUUUCCGCGGGGCCGGCGGGGGGCGGUCGCUGAUGGCGGAUCAGGAGGAGGAGGACCUGAAGAUGGCGCUGCGCCUCAGCAUGCAGCACUCGCCGCCGGAGCCCAAGCGGAGCAAGCCCAGGGACGCCGCCGCCUCCGGCCGCGCCGGGUGCUCGUCGCCGGAGGACGGCCGCCGGAUGCAGAGGGAGCUCAUGGCCGCCGCGGCCGAGAAGAGGAUGCUGGCCGCGAGGAGCGCUGGAGCGGCGUCGCCUCCGUCGCCUGCUCCGUCUCCGUCACAGUCCCCGUCGCCGGUGUCGACGACGCCGAAUAACGAGAAGUCUAAGCCUGUCCCGAGGAGAGACGGGGGAUUCGGUGUGGAUGAUGGGCAAACUGGGAGGGGACUGUCGAGCGAAGAAGCGCAUCAGUUGUUCUCGAUGGUUUUCGGGGGCGAUGUUUCGAGAGGAAUUCUCGCGCAGUGGAGUAAUCAAGGAAUAAGGUUUAGCCCUGAUCCAGAAACAUCCAUGGGCCUAGUGCAGCAUGAAGGAGGGCCCUGCGGUGUCUUAGCAGCUGUACAAGCUUUUGUUCUCAAGUAUCUUCUUUUCUUUCCGGACGAUUUGCAUAAAGCUGCAUCGACUAUUUCACCAAACCUUGGUCCAAAAGCAUCAUCUCGAAGACAAUUUCAAGGUUCAGAUAAUUUUGCCUCCCUUAUAGACAGUGAAAAAUUGAGGGCACUGAUAAGAAGUAUGAGUGAGAUUUUAUUUCUCUGUGGAAGUAAUAAAAGGGCAGUUAUUGCCACUUUAAGCGUUACUGGUAAAGAACUUGAGGGGGCUGCGGAUGGUUCAAAGGAUGAGGGUACUAUUAAAGCUCUGGAGGGACUUCCGAUAGAGUCAGCUUCUGAUUUGCAGAAAAUUCUAAGAGUCGAGACUUAUAGUGUGCAUGCUACUGUUUUCCGAAGGCUUGAAGCAACACUUCCCGUUUUUCAAAGUCGAAUGGGAGCGCUGCUAUUUCUUAUCUCCGCUUUACUUUCUCGUGGACUGGAUGCCGUUCAAGCUGACAGAGAUGAUCCCAGUCUGCCUCUGGUAACUGCACCAUUUGGUCAUGCAUCGCAGGAAAUUGUAAACUUGCUACUUUGCGGGCAGGCUGUGCCCAAUGUUUUCGAUGGAAGGAUGGAUCUUGGCGGUGGUAUGUUUUUAAAGGGUGUAUCAACAUGCGUGGAAGUUGGGUUUCUGACUCUGUUAGAAUCACUUAACUUUUGCAAGGUUGGUCAGCAUUUAAAGUGCCCUAACUGGCCUAUAUGGGUUGUGGGAAGUGAGUCCCAUUACACAGUUCUAUUUGCUCUUGAUACCAUUGUUCAGGAAGAGAACGAACUAGAAGAAAGGGAAUCACAGAUUCGGAGGGCUUUUGAUGCACAAGAUCAGAGUGGAGGGGGUGGUUUUAUUGGUGUGGAAGGAUUCCAUCAAGUAUUAAGGGAAACUGACGUCAGGCUUCCCCCGGAAAAAGUUGAUCAGCUUUGCAGCUCGGGCUUUAUCGUGUGGAGUGAAUUUUGGCAGGUCAUAUUAGAUCUAGACAGCAGUAUGGGAGGUCUAAAGGACUCCUCUGGAUUGAUGGGCAAAAAGGUGUUUGAUCUUUACCAUUUCAAUGGAAUUGCAAAAUCUGAUUUGAAUGGCCAAGCGAACUUGGGAAGUGAGGCUCCAGUUCAAAGGCCUAGACUGACUAAAUUAAGAGUUUCUGUCCCACCACGAUGGACCCCCGAAGAAUUCAUGGCGGCAGCGCCCUCUGGUUCAGGUGGGGAUCCGUCGAGCACAAAGGAUGCUGAAGUGGCUAAACGCGAGCCUCCUCAGCAUGCACCCCUUGUGGACUGCAUACGCACUCGGUGGCCUCGUGCUGUGUGUAACUGGGUUGGGGACCCUCCAAGUAUCGUGUGAAGGUCAAUUAAGCAUUCGAUUUGGCUUGACAUGGCUCGUGUGCGCUUCACGGGAACUAAGAAAAGCGGUGGACAGCAUUUGAAAUGCGUGUAAGAUUGUGCCAACAUGUCGAUUGACAAGAGGAGGGUAAUCGUUUGGGCAUGUUAAAUCGGGACAUCUAAUACUUUACUUUGUCUGUCUCAAGUAUAUCCAUUGCCUGCCUUUACUGUGUUGUACUGAUGUAUCUCUCUCAUCCUGAUUGUUUCUUAUCAGCAAUUGAAGGGAAAGGCGGGACAUAUUGAUUUUUAUGGGUCA